GACCCCGCGACUCUAGCCACACCCGCGACCGCCUCCCCCAGCGACGUCAUCAUGUCCAUCCACCCGUCCCCGGCCGCCGUGCACACCACGGGCCUCACCCCGGCCGAGCUGCACGCCAUCACCCGCGGCGCCGCCCAGGCCGCCCGCGACGGCGCCAGCGCCUGGGUCUACGCCGCCCGCCGCGCCGCCCAGCCCGUGCUCGACUACCUGUACCUCGGCCCGGCCAGCGCCGUCAAGGACACCGCCUGGCUGGCCCGCGAGGGCAUCACCAUGGUGCUGUGCGCGCGCGACGCGCGGUUCGCCGCCGGCGGCGGCGCCGCCGCGGCAGGCAUGCUGGUCGCCGGCGUCCGGCGCGCCGUGCAGGGCAUGGCCGUCGAGGUGCAGGUCGUGGACGUGGCGGAUGGGCGGGAGCUGGUGGCCGCGUUUUCCAGGGUCGUGGCGCUGGUCAAUGAGCACGUCCUGAGGGUUGCGCGGGCGGCGGGCGCCAGGGAGGAGGAAGAAGGAGAUGAUGGGAGGAAAGCGCCGGCCCGCGGCAAGGUGCUGGUCGUGUGCGAGACGGGCAACGGGCGCUCGGCCGCCAUGGUGGCUGCCUAUCUGAUGGCCAUGUUCGGGCUCGAUACGGUCCAAGCCGUGCAGUUCCUGCAGCUGCAGCGCUUCUGUGUCGCCCUGGGCGACGAGCUCAAGUUCGUGCUGCAGGCGUACGGCGACAUCCUUCGUGCGAGGGGCGACGUCAUGGGCGGAUACCAGCAGGCGGACCAGCAGGAGGGUAUUGGGCGGCUCGCGGCGCAGUCGAAGAGGCGGCUUGAACAUGCGAGCGGGAACGCCGGGGAGUUGGGCGCGGACGACAUGGUCGUCGACGAGAUGGACGAGGAGCGGUACGCGAACAGGACAUUCGCGCCCUUUGUCGAG